GCAGGUAUACUGUGGGUGCACUUGGUAAAAUAUUGGGUGGAAAUGUGAUUGGGGUUAUCAAGUCGAAAUUCUGUGGCCUGAAUUCGCAAACACUUGCAUUUCUCCCUGCAGAGUCUCUCUGAAAGACUGAGAAAUGGGGUUGGCUUCAACACUAUCAAUUUCAGUCCCAACCCAAGGAAGCAUAAGCCAACUUCUCUUUCUCUCUUCGAGAACAAAUCUGUCCUUCUCCCCCUUCUCCUCUAGAAGAUGCAGUUUCAGUCAUAAAAAGUGCUCAUAUCUUACAAAGAACACCACAAAAUUCAGAGUUCCUUGCGUCCAAGUGAAAGCGGAACAGGAACUGGAUGAUGAAGCAUGUGAAUUGGUAAGUGGGUUUGAGCUUAAUUUAGGAGAAGGUACAGAUAGCAUUCGAGCUUCUCUUUUUAAGGCAGUGAAGAACAACAAUGAAACCGGUGUACUUCUCUUAUCAGACGUGUUUGGGUUUGAGGAUUCAGCAACCAGAGAUUUUGCAUAUCGAGUUGCAUGCAAUGGUUACAAUGUUCUAGUACCAGACUUGUUUCGAGGGAACCCCUGGUCAAAACACCGUCCUAAAGAUGAUUAUGAAAACUGGAGAGCGAAACAAUCUCUUGAGAGGGUUUCAGCUGACAUCAACUUAGCAGCAAAAUGGAUGGUUGAUGAAUUUAUAGCUGCCAAAAUGUCAAAGAAGCUUGGUAUAAUUGGAUUUUGCUUUGGAGGAGGAAGAAUAUUAGAAACACUAUCUCAAGACCAAGGAUCUUAUUUUGGAACUGGUGCAUGCUUUUACGGGACACGGAUAAACCCAUCUGUAGCCGAUAGUAUUAAUGUUCCAGUUCUUUUCAUUUCAGGCGACAAAGACCCACUCUGCCCAGUCGAACUUCUUCAUGAUUUAGAAAAGAAUAUAGGUAGAGGUUCCAAGGUAGUGGUUUUUGAGGGUCGAGGUCACGGAUUUGUUCACCGUCCAGAGUCUCAGGAAGAGGAUGAAGAUGCUGAUGCGGCAUUUUCCAUCCUGAGAAAUUGGUUGCACGAUGGAUUGGUAGUUAAAAAGGAAUGAAAAGUUGUAAUCUCUUGUAUCAUUCUUAUAUCAAUUUCUUCUCUAUCUACCAACUUGUACUCUUUGUAUUCUGUUCUCUAGCAUUAUCAGAAGUGGUUUCAGGCAUUUGAAUGCCAGAAAUUACGUUCACUAGUUUGCA